GGGAAGAUGAAGUGAUUGCUAAAAUGUGGUCCAUUAUACCCGUAGCGGAGCUAUUCCGCUCUCUCCUCGGUUUAACACGAAAUCGGCGGAGUUCAAAGUUCGAUUACAUGUGUAGUUGCAGCCCAUGGAGUAGCUGAGGAUAAAGGUUCCGGGCUGAUUCAUCGAUGCUUUCGAGUGCAUGCCGCCAAAGCUUCAGUGUACUAUCGACAGCAAGGCGCAGCUGGCAUGCUCGACCAGCACAGACCCCAAGGAUAACUAUAAGAACAAUGUCCCAUGGGCACAAGCAGCCGGAUUACACCACAUACACUCAUGCCGACCUCUUACAACGCGUGUCGGAUCUGGAAGCUCAACUGCGCCGUCUCAAUGUCUCUCAUGAGUCUUCAACACCUGCUUCUGCACCUGGGAAGAAGUUGAGGAAGAAGGCACACAAAACGUUCGAUCCAAGCAAGUAUACCACACGCCUCAUCGCGCUCAAAUUCGCCUAUCUGGGAGGCGCUUACAACGGCUUCGAGCACCACGCGAACAACACUACGCCCUUGCCGACUGUCGAAGAGGAGCUCUGGCGUGCGCUGAGGAAGACCAAGCUCAUCUUCCCGGAAUUUGGUGGUAGGAGCGAGGAUGAGGUGUGCUGGGAUGGUUGCGAGUAUAGUAAAUGCGGGAGGACUGAUCGGGGAGUAAGUGCGUUUGGGCAGGUGGUCGGGUUGAGGGUGCGCAGUAGUCGGCCCAAGGCGGAGGCGACGGUGGAUGUAGGUUCCAUACCUGGCGAGAAGGCUGCCGAAGACGAUAAAAUGCGAGACGUGGAGUCCGCAGGCCUCUCUCCGAUAACAGAGCAGGGAGCGUUCGAACACGCCAACCGGCUUCAGGACUGGCAUUCAGUCCGCGAUGAGCUGCCGUACAUGCAGCUUCUGAAUCACGUACUGCCUACCGACAUCCGCGUCCUCGCGUGGUGCCCCCACCCACCACCCAACUUCUCUGCGCGCUUCAGCUGCAAGGAGCGCCGAUAUCGCUACUUCUUCACGAACCCCGCUUACGCUACGCCACCAGGUCCGAAGAGUGGAGAGGGAUGGCUUGACAUUGAAGCUAUGCGCAAGGCAGCGAGGAAGUUGGAGGGUCUGCAUGACUUUCGAAAUCUGUGUAAGGUUGAUCCAAGUAAGCAGAUCACCAAUUUUGAACGGCGUGUCUUUCAUGCAGACAUUCACGCCGUGUCAUCCCCACGCUUGCCAGACUCGCACUUAGCCCUCAGCAAUGGUGACUUACUGAAUGGUGAGAUGCCACCCAUUGCGAAGUUGUCAGAGCCCGCGCUUUACUACUUCGAAGUCCGCGGGUCGGCCUUUCUCUGGCACCAAGUCAGACACCUUGUUGCCGUCCUGUUUCUGGUCGGCCAAGGUUAUGAGCAGCCUUCUCUUAUCGACCAUCUGCUCGACAUAGAAGGACAUCCGCGAAGACCAUUCUACGACAUGGCCGAUGACCGGCCGCUUGUGCUGUGGGAUUGCAUCUUUCCUAAUCAAGCUCAGCUUCUGCUGGGUGGUCAACAUCAACCUCAUGACGGUAUUAGCCAGCAUGACGGAUAUGAAGAUGGAUUAGAUUGGGUAUAUGUUGGAGACGACGCGGGCAACAGAGAGCCUUCUAGGGGCGCCGUCGACGAAGGUAAGUUCGGCCGCAACGGCAUUAUGGACGAACUGUGGGCUCUCUGGCAAGGCCAUAAGAUUAAUGAGGUCCUCGCUGGAAGCCUAAUGGAUGUGGUCGAGCGGCAGGGUAGACCUUUGUCUCCUACAAGAGACGUGCCGAGCGACAAUAGCCACAACCAUGUGCGCAGCGAUCGCGUCUUUGACGGCAGUGAGCGCCCACGACCGGUAGGCAGGUAUGUUCCUGUCAUGCAGCGGGAGAAGAUGGAGCCGGUGGAGGUUAUCAACGCGCGGUAUACUGCGCGCAAGGGUCUGCCUGGCAAGCGCGUCAUUGGCGACGACGGCCAGGACAUGGACGAGUAGUUGUUAGGAAGUCUUAGGUCUUCGUAGGCUCGUACAAGCAGCCCUUCGCGCCUCGCCAGACUUCCUCUAGGA